AGCAGAAGUUAAUAAUUUGUUCUGCUGGUAAAACCAUGUUCAUUCAUUACACUUGCACAUCAGUUUUACAUUAUGCAAUGAAUGCAGUAAGAAACAUGUCAGUGAACAAUGUUGUGCAAUAAAAGUUACUCAUUAAAACACAAACACAGAAAUAACGUCAUCAUUGCUUUUGUGCUGUACUCAGGCCAAGUUUUCGACGCAUAAACUGGUUCAACCCAGUUGGCAGGGAGUGUAAGCUGGUGAUGGAGAAGGUGGGAGUGAUCGACCUGACACCUUUUGGCAAGUUCAUAGUGAAGGGGAAGGACUCACACAGGCUGCUGGACCGCCUGUUUGCCAACACUAUGCCCAAGGUGGGCCAAACUAAUAUCAGUCACAUGUUGACAUCCACUGGGAGAGUCUAUGCUGAGGUCACCAUCACCCAGCCGGCACCUGGAGAGUUCUUGCUCAUCACAGGUUCGGGGUCAGAGCUACAUGACCUCAGGUGGAUAGAGACAGAAGCUGCAGACGGCGGGUAUGAUGUCGACAUCAGCAACGUUACCGAAGAUCUUGGCGUGCUGGGUGUUGCUGGACCAAACUCCCGCAAAGUUCUUCAGAAACUGACAGAUGAGGAUAUGAGUGACACUGGAUUCAAAUUUCUCCACUGCAAGUCCAUAGAGUUGGCUGGCGUUCCUGUUCAGGCCAUCAGGAUCUCUUACACAGGUACUGGACGCUUUGAAAAGUCAUACAUGUCACCA